GUUUUAUUUAAGCUGUCAUUGAAGUGUUACUCAAGUAUAUAAAUAAAAUGCAGAAAACGUUAUUGAUAAGUCUUGUUGUAAUUCUGACUGCAGCGAGUAUAACUAACACAGAAAUUAAUAAAAGUGACAAUGUUAAUUAUGAAGAAUCAAAUUUAAUUGAUCAAUUUAAUAUAACAAACACUCAAACACCCUCAACUAAUUGGACAACUCCUUCAUUCAACUUCACAACUCCGUCGUGGAAUGUGACAAACACUCAGACGCCCCCAACCAAUUGGACAACUCCUUCAUGGAAUGGAACAACUCCAUCGUGGAAUGUGACAAAUACUGAAACGCUCCCAACUAAUUGGACAACUCCUUCAUGGAAUGGAACAACUCCGUCGUGGAAUGUGACAAACACUCAGACACCCCCAACUAAUUGGACAACUCCAUCAUGGAAUGUGACAAAUACUGAAACGCUCCCAACUAACUGGACAACUCCUUCAUGGAAUGCAACAAUCUUAACUCGUUGAUUGUAAUUGUUUUUAUAGAUAAUCAAACAUGAAAUUGUAUCUAUUAUUAAAAAAACGCAAUUCUGCUACUUAGUAUCAAUCGUUAAAUUAAUUGUUAUAUCUAAAUAUAUUUUUCGUGUAAAUGUAUCAAUGUAAUUCUUAGCUUCUAUUUAUAGAUUUCGUUAUUGCUUUAUUUUAUCACUGAAAUUUGAAGCCAACACAAAUACUUGUUACGGAUAACAAGCAGAAAAAUAACUGUAGGUUUUUAAUUUAAUAAAGAUAACAGAGAAUAAGUUUAAAUCCAAA